AUGCCUUCCAGCUGGCGCUUGGAAGUGCCAGCUGGCAACAGAGAAAUGCUGGCGCUUGGAAGUGCCAGCUGGCAACAGAGAAAUGGUGGUGGGAGUCUCCGGGUCAUCCAGCAGAAGAGGCCGACAGGUGGAACCGAAAGGGAACCAACAGGUUUACGCAUCCAGGAAUAUCUCUAUUUCCAAGUGCUGAGUCCCAGGGACAUUCAAUACAUCUUUACUGCCACCCCGGCCAAGGAUUUUGGGGGAGUGUUUAACACGAGGUAUGAGCAGAUCUAUCUGGUUCCUGCAGACCCACCCGAAGCUUGCGGGGCUUUGAACAACGGCGUCUUCAUUGAUGGCCAGAUUGCCUUAGUGGAGCGCGGGGGCUGCUCGUUUUUGUCCAAAACCCGUAUCAUCCAGGAGCACGGGGGCCGCGCCGUGAUUAUCGCUGACAACGCGUACGACAACGACAGCUCCUACGUCGAGAUGAUCCAGGAUAGCACUCGGCGGACGGCGGACAUCCCUGCCCUCUUCCUUCUCGGGAGAGACGGGUACAUGAUCCGGCGAUCCUUGGAGCAGCAUGGGCUUCCCUGGGCUGUAAUCUCCAUACCCGUUAAUGUCACCAGUAUUCCAACUUACGAACUUAUGCAGCCUCCGUGGACCUUUUGGUAGCCAAGAAUCCGAGCGAUGAUGGAGGCGGAUGAGGAAGAGGAGGAACGGCGUAGAAUAACAUUAGCACCUCAGUGGCCUUCCGGGGCUCACAAAACGAGCUGUUCUCGGUGCAGACUAGUCUUCAGAGGCUGUAGGUCUGGAGGGCUGUCUUCCAUAAAUUAAAGAAGCCGCCUGCCAUCAGGCAGCUCCGUGAACUGUGUCGUCUACCCAGGUCAGAACCGAUCUGUCUCCCCAGGAUGCCACGGAGAAGCCGUUUCCAAACUGGCUGCUUGAAAUGGACAAAAGCCGUGGUCAGACUAAAGGUUUCCAGCCCACAAAGCGCAUCGCCCACCGUCCGGCUUGGAGGGGGAGCAGGUUGAAGCUUCUGGGUUUAUGCUAGCAUUUCUUCAGAAACUUAGAAAUAAGAGGUGGGGGGCGUUCAGUGUUUGAGAAGGGAAUCUGGUCCCUUCUGGAAGCUCUCCUUCCACAAAAGCCACCUUCUCACUCAUCCGCCAUGGUUCCGUUUCUCUUCUUGUCCCUUUGAACCACAAAUUAUAAAGAACAAGACGGGGGGGGUGUCAGUGUGACUCCCUGCUACCUGUGUAGUUGCUGCAAUCAUCCAACCACCACCAGCAACAGAAACUCACCCGGUAAGAUCCUGAAAUGCCACUGAAGAUGCCCAGGUUUUUUUCAAAUGUUUUUUUUUCUCCAUCCAUAAGCGAUGAGGACUAGAAGCUUGCUGUUGACAGAGGACACUCAGGAAUCCCCAUCGCGAUGCAAAUCCUAGCUUUUGUGAGUUUCAUGAAUCGGCACUCUCAAGUCCGUGGAAGCCUGCGUUUUCCAGAGCUGAGCAGGGGACCUUCCCAGCGAUAGUUUUAUUAAACCAGUUUUUGUUUUUUAAAAAACAUUGCUUUGAAAUCCAUGAACAAACAAGACACAGACAAGAAAAUAAGACCUGGUGUGUUGUGUUUCAUAUGGGUCACAGGGAAGUUCUCCUGAACAAACCUUUCGGGAUAAACUGGAAACUGCGCAAGAGCAUGAAAAUUUCUUACGGGUUGUGUUCAGGACAUUCAUUCGGCUUCAUUUCUAUCGUGAUAACACCCAAUGGGAAACUCUUCUGUUAAUAUUAAGGUGGAAUUUAACAAUGUA